GCGCGGGCCGGGCCGGGCCGGGCCGGGCUGGCCAUGGGGCUGCGGCGGCUCCUCCUGCGCUACUUCCCGCCGGGAAUUAUUUUGGAAUAUGUCGAAGGCGGUGAGUCAAAGACCAGACCUAUAGAUCUUCUGGAUCUUAAACCUGACACAGAUGUCACUGCCUUAGUAGAAGAAAUUCGAAAAGGAGAACCCCUCAUCACAGCUGCCUAUGUGGAACACGUCAUACUUUUAGUACAAAGAUUGCAGCAGAAGCUGGGGGAGAAAGAGAAUCACAAAUUCUCUCUUUUUAAGGUGCUUAGAACGCAUCUCUUGCCACUGACUAAUGUAGCGUUCAACAAAUCUGGUUCCCGCUUCAUCACUGGGAGCUAUGACAGAACCUGCAAACUCUGGGAUACAGCAUCAGGAGAAGAGCUUCGUACGCUGGAGGGACACAAAAACGUCGUCUAUGCAAUAGCUUUCAAUAAUCCUUAUGGUGACAAGAUUGCCACUGGAUCUUUUGAUAAGACCUGCAGACUGUGGAGCACGGAAACAGGAAAAUGUUAUCAUACUUUCAGAGGGCAUAGUGCAGAAAUAGUAUGUUUAUCGUUUAAUCUUCAGAGCACAGUGGUGGCAACUGGAAGCAUGGAUACCACUGCCAAAUUAUGGGACAUAGAGAAAGGAGAAGAAGUAGCCACUUUAAGAGGGCACUCAGCAGAAAUUAUUGCACUCUCUUUCAACACCACUGGAGAUAAGAUCAUCACUGGCUCCUUUGACCAUACCGUAGCACUAUGGGAUGUUGGCACUGGCAGGAAGGUACAUACUUUGAUAGGUCACCGAGGAGAGAUCAGCAGUGCCCAGUUCAACUGGGACUGUUCCCUCAUUGUCACCGGAUCAAUGGACAAGACAUGCAUGCUGUGGAAUGCUGCGACUGGGACACAUCUGGCGACUCUGGCAGGUCACAGGGAUGAGGUGCUGGAUGUCUGCUUUGAUUUCACCGGCCAGCGCAUUGCGACGGCCUCUGCCGACGGAUCAGCAAGAGUCUAUGAUGCACAAACAAAAAAGUGCAUUGCAAAGCUAGAAGGUCAUGGAGGUGAAAUUUCCAAGGUAUGUUUCAACCCUAAAGGAAAUCUUAUACUGACAGCCAGUUCUGAUAAAACAGCUCGACUCUGGGACGCUUCUACUGGACACUGCCUUCAGAUAUUAGAAGGUCAUACUGAUGAAAUAUUCUCCUGUGCUUUCAACUAUAAAGGGGAUACAAUUAUUACAGGGAGCAAGGAUAACUCCUGUUGCAUAUGGCACUGACUGAAGAGAAGGAAGGAUGCAGUUUGGUACCUGACUACUUUAUGAGUUUCAGAGACAAUAAACUCAGUCUUUGAAGUUCUGUUUUCUUUUACUCUCUUUGUUCACUUUCUGCCGAAGUAGAACAGUUACCGAGAUUUGAUAGGUUUGACUUAGAAGUCUGUUAGAUAUGCAAUCAUGAAAUCACAGAAGCUGGAAGGGACCACUGGAGAUCUUCUAGAACAACACCCCUGCUCUACUCAGCACCCUGCCAACCAAGCAGGCUGCCUGGGACUGACAUGGUGUUGAAAUCUCCAAGGAUGGAGGCUCUACAGUUUCUCUAGACAGCAAUGGAAUAGUUUCUUGCAUUUCAGUUUGUGCUAUGUUAACUCUUCCCUGAGCACCAGAAGAGUGUGGUCUGUUAUCUCAGUCACCUGAGAGAAAUCAUGAUUAGUAUGAAUGCAGUAGGAUGGCUCCAUUUCUUCAUGUGUAAUUUUAACUUGUAACCUUUCUAACAAAAAAGAAAUACAGCAUUGUAAUACUCUCAGGUGUGAAAGGAGUGUUGGUGUACGCUUGCUUGGAGUACUCUUGUAUUAUUAUUUUUUUGGUGUGUAAUAAA